AUGGCUGAAGAGGUGAUCCUUCUGAACUUCUGGCCGAGCAUGUUUGGGAUGAGGACUAUGAUUGCGUUGAAGGAGAAAGAAGUGAAGUAUGAGCACAGAGAAGAAGAUCUGAUCAACAACAAGAGUGCCUUGCUUCUUGAGAUGAAUCCUAUUUACAAGAAGAUACCGGUUCUCAUCCACAAUGGUAAACCAAUCUGUGAAUCUGUCAUACAGGUUCAGUACAUAGACGAGAUCUGGUCAGACAAGAACCCGUUACUUCCUAAAGAUCCUUACCAGAGAGCUCAAGCCUUGUUUUGGGCUGACUUCAUUGACAAGAAGUUGUAUGUUUGUGGGAGAAAGACUUGGGCAACAAAGGGUGAGGAGCAAGAAGAAGCCAAAAAGGAGUUCAUUGGAAUACUAAAGACUCUUCAAUCUGAGCUUGGAGAUAAACCUUACUUUGGUGGCGAUAGAUUCGGGUUUUUAGACAUUGUCCUGAUUGGAUUCUACAGCUGGUUUCCAGCGUACCAGAAGUUUGGUAACUUCAGCAUCGAACCAGAGUGUUCUAAACUGAUGGAUUGGGGCAAAAGGUGUAUGGAGAGGGAGAGUGUAGCUACAUCCUUGCCUGAUCCUGAGAGAGUUGGUGGAUUCAUUUUACAGCUUAAGAAGCUAUAUGGGAUCGAGUAAGACAAGAUCGUAUCUCUGUUGUGGUUCAGCUCUUUUGUUGUGUUGUGUGUUUCUAAUAAUGCAGGUCAUGUUCUGUAAAAGUGGAGUGUUGUUUUAAAACUCAGAUACUUUGUUUGCUUCUUUUAAUCGUAAGCUUCAACGUUUGACUUC